AUGUCUGUAGCCAUCGCCGGAGGGUUUGGUGGCCUGGGCCGUGCCAUUGUCGAGGCUGUACUUGCUCAAGGCAAGCACGGCGUUGUUAUUCUAACAAGAAAGGCGCGAGAAAACCCGUUCCCGGCCGCCCGGGUCGAGGUUGUGGACUACUCAAACGUUAACGGGCUCACCUCAGUACUGGAGAAGAAUGCCGUGCACACAGUGAUCUCGGUUGUCAACAAUAUCACUGGUGACAACAGCUCCGAGGUCAACCUGAUAAACGCUGCCAAGAUGUCCAAAGUGACCAAGCGUUUCAUCCCCAGCUAUUUUGGCGCCCGUUACUCCCCAGAGCAAUAUGAAUCUUUCCCGCCAGCAAUGGCUAAGAAGGAAGCACAGGCCCACCUAGUCUCGUCAGGCCUUGAAUGGACAACGGUGUACAACGGGUACUUUCUAGACUACUUCGGGACCCCAAAGGUCAAAUCUUAUGUUGACGACAUUGGCUUAUUUAUUGACAUGGCCGCCAACGCCGCCGUGAUCCCUGGAUCCGGCAAGAUUCCAGUCGUUUUCACGCACACUUUUGAUGUUGCCAAGUUCGUAGCGGCCGCGCUCGACCUACCCAAGUGGACCGAGGAGUCCUAUAUUAUCGGAGACAAACUCACUUGGGAAGAGAUGGUCAAGGUUGCACAGGAAGUCAAGGGCGUCAAGUUCCACGUCACCUAUGACUCUGUCGAAAAGUUGCAGUCGGGAAAAACGACAGAACUACCGUGUCACCGGAAGUUUUAUCAUCUCUACCCGCGAGAGCAACUACAGUUCAUCUCAUCUGCCUUUGGUCUGAACUGCGAGAGAGGUCAGGCCAACUUUGCUCCUGAGCAUACACUGAAUGAAGAAUUCCCCGGCAUCAAAGCCAAGACGGUAAGAGAGGUCAUGACUGAAGGAUGGGGGACCCAGUGA